AAACUGAAUUUUAUCCACUUUACUGAUUCAUUGAUCCAUAUAAGCAGCUGAUCUGGUUCAUUUGUGUCCUUCUGGGUUCAGAGUGACAACAAAUAUCUGGAUGGAUGAUUUUAGUUUGACUCAGGAUGAUGUUCUGAAGCAGAAGUGUAAAUCAUUAAACAUGAGAACAUUAUAUUCCGGCGACCUGAAUGUUUGAUGACAGGCUGGUUUGAUAACUCCCUGCUGAAGGUCGACUGUUUUUAUGAGCCGGGAAAUAAAACUGGACAGAAUCUGAGGAAGAGUUAGAGAACUAUGGAGCCGUCAGCAAAGCCUGAGGAGCCCAGAAAUACUUUACAACUACAGACUUUGAUGUUGUCUAACGUGGAGCAGGUUUUAACUGACGCUUCGUUGUAAACAACCGAACAAAGUUCAGUGUCACAGAGCUGCUCCUCGUCCAGAGUGAGUCACAGCUGGAUCAGCCCUCCUUCUUCUUCCUGCUCUCAAACACAGCAGCUCCACUCUGUCACUAGAUUUCCUUGUUCCCUCCCCUUCAGAUCUGCACUCUGAAAAUGGGUGUAACCAGGAAGUGAGAGAGCUGACGAGCCCCGUUCACUGCAGAAACAUGUUCAGAUCAGAGCUCAGACCAGUUUCAGUUAUCAGGAAGUGAAACUCAGACAGUCGUUGACACUCGGAGGAGAGAUGGCGCAGCAAAACCAUCAGCUGGACCGAGCAAAGUUCUGCUGUUCCGUCUGUUUGGAUCUACUGAAGGAUCCGGUGACUAUUCCCUGUGGACACAGCUACUGCAGGAACUGUAUUCAAAGCUACUGGGACAAAGAGGAUGAGAAGAAAACCCACAGCUGCCCUCAGUGCAGGCAGAGCUUCACACCGAGGCCUGUCCUGGUGAAAAACACCAUGUUAGCAGAUUUAGUGGAGGAGCUGAAGAAGACUGGACUCCACGCUGCUGCUGCUGCUGAUCUCUGCUAUGCUGGAGCUGAAGAUGUGGCCUGUGAUGUCUGCACUGGGAGGAAACUGAGAGCUGUCAAGUCCUGUCAGGUCUGUUUGGUUUCUUACUGCGAGAAACAUCUUCAGCCUCAUCAUGACGUGGCUCAAUUCAAGAAACACAAGCUGGUGGAGCCGUCAGAGAAGCUCCAGGAGAACAUCUGCUCUCGUCACGAUGAGGUGAUGAAGAUGUUCUGCCGUACUGAUCAGCAGUGUAUCUGUUAUCUCUGCUCUGUGGACGAACAUAAAGGCCACGACACAGUGUCAGCUGCAGCAGAGAGGACUGAGAGGCAGAGAGAGCUGGAGGGGAGUCGACACAACAUCCAGCAGAGAAUCCAGGACAGAGAGGAAGAUGUGAAGCUGCUUCAACAGGAGGUGGAGGCCAUCAAUGGCUCUGCUGAUAAAGCAGUGGAGCACAGUGAGAAGAUCUUCACCCAGCUGAUCCGUCUCAUGGAGGAAAGACGCUCUGAUGUGAAGCAGCAGGUCAGAUCCCAGCAGGAAACUGAAGUGAGUCGAGUCAAAGAGCUUCAGGAGAAGCUGGAGCAGGAGAUCACUGAGCUGAAGAGGAAAGACGCUGAGCUGAAGAAGCUCUCACACACAGAGGAUCACAACCAGUUUCUACACAACUACCCCUCACUGUCAGCACUCAGUGAGUCUACACACUCAUCCAGCAUCAACAUCCGUCCUCUCAAGUACUUUGAGGAUGUGACAGCAGCUGUGUCAGAGCUCAGAGACAAACUACAGGACGUCCUGAGAGACACAUGGACCAACAUCUCACUGACAGUGACUCAAGUGGACGUUUUACUGUCACAACCAGAGCCGAAGACCAGAGCUGGAUUCUUAAGAUAUUCACGUGAAAUCACACUGGAUCCAAACACAGCAAACACACAUCUGUUAUUAUCUGAAGGGAACAGAAAAGCAACAUACAGUCAACCACAGUCUUAUUCUGAUCACCCAGACAGAUUCACUGGGUGGGAGCAGGUCCUGAGCAGAGAGAGUCUGACUGGACGUUGUUACUGGGAGGUGGAGUGGAGAGGAGGAGGAGUUUAUGUAGCUGUCGCAUACAAGAAUAUCAGCAGAGCAGGAAAUGAAUCUUUGUUUGGACGAAAUGACAAAUCUUGGUCAUUAUAUUGUUACAAUGACAGUUAUAACUUUCAUCACAACAAAGUCCAAACUCCCGUCUCAGGUCCUUGGUCCUCCAGAGUUGGAGUGUACCUGGAUCACAGUGCAGGUAUUCUGUCCUUCUACAGCGUCUCUGACACCAUGACUCUCCUCCACAGAGUCCAGACCACAUUCACUCAGCCGCUCUGUGCUGGAGUUUUGGUUUAUGUUGGAUCCACUGCUGAGUUCAUUAAACUGAAAUAGUCAUUUAAGGGUCAGUGAGUUAAAUUCAGAGUUUUAACUCUUAAACUCAUUCUGUCUUCAUGUUUGUGGCUGAUUGUUGUGUGGUGUCUUCACCUGUCAAUCAAACAUUGUGGGCGGUACUUUGACGUCUUGUCAUCUGUUGUUGUGUAAAUGUCUGAGUGUCUUUAGGUGGCGCUCCUUCCUGUGUCUGUUUAACCAUGGAGGCUCUCACUGCUCAUGAUGACUUUUGUUCAGCUGAACUGACAUUUGUCUGCAUGAAGAUAUAAACUUCUCUGAGCUCUAAAUGUGUGUUGAAUAUUUGUACUGAUGUGUUUGCAUGUUGUUGUUUCUCUUCCACUGCAUGAGUCUAAAGAGAGAAAGCAGCAGAGCUUCAUUUAUCCGACAUAUUCAGUUCUCAUCACUCUGUACAGUUUUAAAUUCACCUAGAAUCACAUUUACAUUUAUUUGUUUGUCAGAACAAAAGCUGUUGUUGUUCCGAUCGUCACACAAAUUCAAUAAUAUGUGAGGAAGAUCAUUUAUUGUGUUCUUGUACGUAGCUGAGAUUCAAACAAACUGAUUGUGUGGAUGAAGUGAAAUCACUGAACAGACUUUACUGAUGGGACGUGUGAACAAACUGAAGCUUUACAUCAUGAAUAAACCAACAUGAACAAAGUC